AAACUUUGAACCCAAAUUGAAUUCGCGCAAAGGAUUUUUACCAUAGAGAAGGUUCAAGGAUAAAAGCCGUGGAUCCGGAGUCCGGGAUUAGACGAGCUUAUUCUCUCCUAAACAACGAACCGCAGCAAGUUAACGUUGAAAUACAAAGAAAUGGGGCGCAGUGCUGUUAGCGAGGGCGCUGAAAUUCUGCAAAGGAAGACUGGAAAACGACAUGCUGAAAUCAAUGAUAACAAAGACGUUACCGCGUCAAAAGAGAUUCCAGAAAUGAAUCAUCCAGCAUCGAAAGGGGUUGUUGCAUCGAAAAGGCUUCCAACACGGAAAGGGAUUCCUUCCAAAUUUCAGAAGUUUAUGUUUGUGUUAUCAAACAUUCGCUUCAUCAUAGAAUGUUUGAUUUGUAACGCUCUUGUUCUGAUGAUCGCCCCUUACGUUUUCCCGGUUAUCAUGGUAUAUUUUAUCCUCAAGAAGAUCGAGCAAUAUGUGGAACACUGGAGAUAUCGGGCCACCCCUGUAGGUGGCGAGGACGCGCUCUGGCUGCAGGACUCGGAAACCAACAGACUGAUCAUUACUUCGAUCGUGUUCGUGAACCGCCCGGGAGACAUGAAGACCGCAAUGUCAGAGUUCCGUGAAGUAGUCAGGACGAGGCUUGUCGAUUCCAGGAAUUCGAAGGGAGAGCUUAGUUUUCCAAGGGCGCGUAAAAUGGUUCGGCCCGGUUACUUUCAGUACUUUUUCCAGGAUGACCCGGACUUUGACAUAGAGGAUCACGUGUUUAAAUACCAGGGGGACCCCCCAAAGUCAAAACAGGAACUAGAGGCCAUUGUUUCAGAAAUGUACAGUAAGCCAUUUCCGGAGGGAAAAUCCCCCUGGUAUUUCUGCUGUGUUCCAACUGAUUAUGGUGACAAAAGUGUUGCAGCUAUUUUUAGAAUGCACCAUUGUAUGGCUGAUGGUGUAUCCCUGUCCAGGCUUUUGACCAGGGUAUUGCCAGAUCAUUACACUCCUCAAAAGGAAGCCAGGAAGUUUUCAUCUUCUGAGCGUGGUUUGAUGACAGCGAAAGGAUUUUUCAUAAUGACCAGGACUGUGAUCGCCUUGUUGAUGAGUUUCGCUGAUCGUUCCAUUGUCCAUGGUAAGGAUUUGAAAGGGAAAAAGAAAUGUGUCUGGUCUGAACCAUUUGACCUGAAUAUAGUGAAGCAGAUAAAAAGUAAGACUGGGACAACAGUCAAUGAUGUGUUGAUGGCCUGUCUCUCCUUGGCAAUCCGCCGCUAUUUCCAGAAAAGGGGGAUAAACAACCCAGAGGAUUUCACCUCUUCAAUUCCUGUUGAUGUUGGCAAACCUACAAAGGAAACAGUCUUCCAGAACAAGUUUGCUGUUGUUUUUAUGAAGUUGCCAGUUAGUCAUAAUGGUAUCUUGGAAACUCUAUUUGAAACAAAGAGACGCAUGGAUGUGUUGAAGAUGUCUGGGGAACCAAUAGCAAUGGCCUACAGCAUGGCGAUGUCUACUGAAUUCCUUCCAGAAUUCCUGGUCAAACCUUUAGCCAGCUUCAUUGCCAGCAAGGCAAGCUGUGUCCUUUCCAAUGUUCCUGGUCCACAGUAUCACAUGUCAGUCAGUGGCAACCCUGUCCAGGCACUGACGUUUUGGCCACCACAGAGAAGUAACAUAGGAAUUGGCUUAUCCAUAUUCUCAUAUGCGGGCCAGGUAGUGGUUGGAGCUGACGGUGACCAUGAAAUCAUGAGUGACCCUGAACUUGUUACUGUGUUGUUUGGAGAAGUCUUACAGGAAAUGGCUUUGCAUGUACUGGGUACAAAAAUACAGCAACCAGUUUACUAGGAGUUAACUGAAUGAUUUGAGGUAAACUUGUCAUAGGCGAGAGAUUGGGGAGCCAGUAUUUCACCAUUUACUUCCACUCAGGCUACCUGUAUGUAGAAAGUACUCUAUUCUGAUGCAACAGGGUUUCAGUGAUUGGUUAGUGAGGACUAACUGAUAUCAGGCCCAUACCCGGGUUGGUACACACACACAACAGCCAAAAGUCCACUUUUGGUUCGCAAUAGACAUGCUAUUUUUAGACAAAACAACCCUCGGUACGGGCCUGGAUAUGAUAUUAUAGGGGCUGUGAUAGUGCCCCUCUAAAAAGUAUUAAAAAAAUAUUUUCAUAAGAAUUAGUAAUAUAAGUUGAUUAAAAUAUGUAAUUUAAUUAUAAUAAACACCAUCUUUCAUAAUAAAAAAGUAACCUUUAAAUCUCUAUUAUCUGAAUAAGAUCAGAAGAUAAAAAAAAGAGAUCAGAAGAAGUAUAGAACUUUCUUUGUAUCAGAAUUAGAUACUAGGAAGAAGUUUAAUUUUAAUAAGUACACAUCCAGGUUGAUAUUUAUAUUUGACAGACAAAUAUCUGAUUAAAGAAAAACCCAAUCCAUCUUA